AUGGUGCUCGAGUCGUCAACUCCGAGUGAUGCCGGCCCGCCGAAGCAGUCGUCUGCAUCGCCUUCGCAGCAUUCCACCGUCUCUCCGUCGGCUGGCACGACGACCACAACAACGACGGCGGGGCAUAUGAGCUUCAGGAGACAACGAGCUUCAAGAGCGUGCGAGACAUGCCAUGCCCGCAAAGUCCGCUGCGACGCCGCGAGCCUCGGCGUUCCAUGUACCAACUGCGUUGCCUUCCAGAUAGAAUGCCGCAUCCCAACACCAAAGCGCAAGAAGCUUCAAACCAGCGCUACGCAAUCCAGAGACUCUGACAGCGAGCGAGCUGACAGCGAGGACCGAUCCCAACUUCCGCCUGGCGCAGGCACGUUCCCAAGCGGAACUCGACCCCCUGCCGUCUACCACACCCACGACGGCACGCCUUCAACUGCAAACACCCAGGAACAGCAAAAGAAGGAGGAGUUUGACAAUGCGACGUUGGCAAACUACAUGAACCUCGUCAUGAAGCCCAAGUUUACGAGGGCACCAAUCACCGAAGCAGGAAGGGUGGCGUAUCUGGGUGAAUCGUCCAACCUUACACUCCUGGUCCAUGACCGCCAGAGCACCGAAGAUGUGGUUCACUACCCCUUGCCCGAAAACAUCAGGGGCUCAAGGGCACGAUUGACGGAGCUGGACAACGUCGAGAUCGACAUCCUGCACCAGCGGGGCGCUUUUCUGCUGCCGCCCAGAGCUCUUUGCGACGAGUUAAUCGACUCUUAUUUUCGAUGGAUUCAUCCGAUCGUUCCGGUAAUAAACAGGACUAAGUUCAUGCGACGGUACAAAGAUCAGAAAAACCCGCCGUCUUUGCUUCUGCUACAGGCAAUGCUGCUCGCAGGGUCACGCGUCUGUACGAAUCCACAGCUGAUGGACGCGAACGGCUCAUCUACACCAGCUGCGCUGACCUUCUACAAGAGGGCCAAGGCGUUGUACGAUGCAAACUACGAGGACGACAGAGUGACAAUCGUCCAGGCUCUCUUGUUGAUGGGCUGGUAUUGGGAAGGCCCCGAGGAUGUGACUAAGAAUGUUUUCUACUGGACCCGCGUUGCAACCACAGUCGCCCAAGGCUCGGGAAUGCAUCGGAGUGUAGAAGGUUCACAGCUCAGCAAGUCGGACAAGAGGCUAUGGAAGCGCAUCUGGUGGUCCUUGUUCACACGAGACAGAUCUGUGGCUGUUGCCCUUGGACGGCCGUGCCAUAUCAACCUCGAGGACUCGGAUGUCGAGAUGCUGACAGAGGACGAUUUCAUAGAGGAUGAGCCCGACCAACCAAGCGAGUACCCACCAGAUCCGGUUCAUGUUCAGUUCUUUAUGCAGUACGUCAAGCUCUGCGAGAUCAUGGGCCUCGUCCUAUCCCAGCAAUACUCGGUGGCAUCAAAGGGGCGACGUCAGAACGCCAUCGACCUCACACACAGCGACAUGGCGCUUGCUGACUGGCUCCAGAACUGCCCCAAGAUUGUGUACUGGGAGAUGCCACGGCACCAUUUCUGGUCAGCUUUGCUUCAUUCAAACUACUACACCACCUUGUGCUUGCUACACCGGGCCCAUAUGCCUCCAAGUGGCUCUCAUAGGUUCCCGGAGGAUUCCCCGUACCCUUCGCGGAACAUCGCCUUCCAGGCUGCGGCCAUGAUAACAUCCAUAAUCGAAAACCUCUCCGCCCACGGUGAGCUGCGGUUCUGUCCCGCCUUCAUCGUGUAUAGCCUAUUCUCGGCCCUCAUCAUGCACGUCUAUCAAAUGAGGUCACCGGUGCCUUCGAUCCAGCAGGUUACGCAGAACAGGAUACAGACAUGCAUGGCUGCCCUGAAGGAUGUAUCUAGAGUUUGGCUCGUGGGAAGGAUGGUUCACACACUCUUUGAGUCCAUCCUGGGGAACAAGGUCCUCGAGGAGCGGCUUCAGAAAGCGGCAGGCAAGAGGCACCGUAAGGUGCAGCAGAGUCUAUCGCAGCUUGAACAACACCAGCAGCAACAGCAGCAACAGCAGCAGCGCUUUUCUCACGAGCAGCAAAAGCGCAAGUACGAUGAGAUGGCGAUAGACUUCAGCGUCACCACGCCGCAGCCGCAAGAGUCAUAUGAGCGUUCAAGGCCCCAGACGCCGAGCCACGCCACGAAGAAUGAGGCGGUACCGAGCGCGAUGCCGCCUCCUUCCAACGCAUCACCGCAUACCCGCAGCAAUGGCGAUACAUUCAUGGGCGGGACAGCGUCCCGGCCCCACACCCGGCCCGCGACUCCGUUCAAUCCAUCGUUCUCGGUACCAGCGACGCCUCCGGACCUGUAUCUCGUUACUAGGAAUUCUCCAAACUUAUCACAGUCGAUAUGGGAGAACUUCCAACCGGACCAGCUCUUCCCGGAAAGCGCCCAUGUUCCCUUGUUCCCGCAAGUAUCGCCCCCUCAAUCGCAGCAAGCCCUCGACCCGAACAUGAUGGCACAGAUGCAAAACCAAAACAUACAGGGGCAGUCCAUGGACAGCGGGCAGCAGAACUCCUUCGGUCAGGGGAUGCCAAAGAGAGCCAUGGGUGGCAGCCCACUCCAGCACAACGCCUUGCUGCAGCCUGGCAUGGCAGGUUAUCAAGGCCAACAAAGCGGCAACAUGUGGCAGCAAGGAUUCGAGGCACCCAUGGGUGACGGCCAGAGCCCGAGCGAUAGCUGGAGUACCAGCUCUGUUCAGGGCCAGCCUGUUCCUUCGACGCUAAAUGUAGAGGACUGGUGA